AUCCUCUCCUCUUCUCAGAAGGGACAUGAACAGAGGAGAUGCUGGAGAUGGAAGGAGGGGGAUACGUUAGAGUCCCUCUGCUCCUGGGACGGACGUGGGAAGGAGUGCUGUCUGGGCUCCCCAGAAAUGGACGCUGAGACAAAGAUAGAGCGCAGUGUAUUUGAUGUGAUGUGAAACAGGGAGGAGAGGAAGGUCUGUAAAAGCAAGUGAUCAAGCAAGUGAUGUUGGUGACAACUGGGACACUGUCCCCGGAGAAUCUCACAGCAGGAUGAGUGUCAGUCACCCCACUUGUGGGCUGGGCACACGGGACACCUCAUCUUCACCCCCCAUCUGCUCCCAGUUGAGGGCUGCUCCAAGGAUACCAGCUUCCUGGCUUUUCUGGCCUAUCGCCCGGAGUGGGCAGGGAGAAAGCCCUCGGGUGAGGGUCCCAGGCGGUCGCAGCCACAGGGGAUAUGGGCAGGACACAGACAGUGCCCGCAGCAAGGGGAGAGGAAGGUCAGAGCCAAGGGCCGUCCGUCAGCCUCUCUUCCCCUCUGCCCUGUCCCCCGUCAGCUGCCCAUCUCUGCUCUGUGCCCUCUCCUACCCCAGGAUGGCAUUUGGGACCUGGGAAGGCCUUCCUAGGUGUGUGGAGCACUGCCCGGGGGACCUGGACUGGUGACUGACGGGUGAGAAGCUCCCCCUGUGGACAUCUCAUGGACGACGACGAUAGGAGUCUGGCUGGAGCGGUAGUGGCUGUCUGUCCUUCGGCCUCUCGGAACUUCCUGGCCCUUCCUGACUGAUGGAGCUUCACCUAGCCUUCCAUGGUGCUGGCGCCUUCGGGUGUGGGCCGCUUUGUCCCUGCCACUCUCCCGCCAAACUGUCAGCUCUCUUCUGUCCUCUUCCACAGACUGGGACUUCCGGGUCACGGGCACAGCACAAGGAAAGGGACGCAGGCCCGUGCCCCAGGUCCUGCUGGCCGGAGGGUACCAGGAUGGCAUUGCCCUCAGGCUCUGCAGAUGGUGAUCUCCCGACAGGCGGACCUGGCAGGGCGCUGCCAGGCUCAUAGCAGACUACGAAGUGACUCACCGGAUUAAACCACUGAAUUCUGGGGCCGUUGGUGACCAUAAGGUACCCUCGCUUAUUCUGACCAAUUUGGAAGUCGGUGGUAGACGUGAGAUGCUGCUGCAACGAAAGCUGACAUUUGUGGCACUGACGUACUGGUUAGGCUACUGGCAAAGAGGACCCGGAAACUGGAGACCGUCAGCCCCAGCUACGCGGUGGUGAGACAUUGACGCGCCGAGUCGCCUGCGAGGACUUGGAAGGCGUGUUGGUUCCUUGUUGGCUCCAGGGGCAGAGGUUGGGAGCAGAACAUGGAUGGUGCGUGCUGGUCAUCACCGUGUGUGUCUAGCAAGGUGUUUACAGGGAAGAGAUGUGCAUGGAAGAAAGCUGACUGGCGUCCAAGAGUUGUACGAGGGCGUGGAGGGAGCGCAGAAAUGGAAGCGGGGAAAUCAGCUGCCUGUAGGCGGCAUCACCAGAAAUGGGAUUAAGACAGACGGAGUGGCCAACAGUGAGGGUCAGAGGACGGAUGUGGGGCCCUGUUGGAGUCGGGGCAAAAACCAGAUGACAGGUGUGGCUCUAACACCUCCUGCUGAGCGCUAUAGCAGUGAUAAUGUCUCAAGGCCUGAGGUAUUGAGGGAAGGGCCUAGGGCCAGGGAAUAAAGACAGCACAGAUCUGGGAGCCCAGUCCUAAAGAACAGUGGGUGUGGUUCCUGAAGGACGAGGCUGACUACUGAGUUCCAGAGUCAUACUGCCAAAAAAAACCCACCCCAAAACAGAAAAACAAACAAACAAAAAGUACUGAAAAGAAGGAAAGAAGAAGAAAAAGACCCUGGAAAAGCCUAUGAUUAUUCGAGACCUUGCACCCUGGAAAGACCCUGAGAUCCCAGCCAUACAGGGAGCACAAAGGUUGAGAAAGCAACCCUCAAGGAGGACACACUCUCCAAAGGCCACGUCAGGGGUGGCCAAGGAGGCCAACUUCUGAAAUGUGCCCUCGGAGAGCCGUCAGCGAGGCGCACCCUCCCGAGAGCAGAAUCCAGGGCUAAUCAGGGAGCACCCUCCAGGGACGUCCGUUUCUGUGGGCCAGCGACAGCUGGGUGUCUCCCGUUUUCCUCCCCUCUGAAUGCCGGGUCGUGGCUGUUGUGCUGUCCUUACAGCACCACUCAGUGUGUAGAGGGCAGCUAAGUGGAACUUUUAGAUCAGCAGUUGGCAGCCUACUGCCCGCUGGCCAGAUCCAGCCCGCUGCCUGCUUUUGUAAAUGAGGUCUGGUUGGAACACAGCCAUGCCCAUUCGUGCACAGGCUGGGACUGCCUGGGGGGCUCCAUGGCAGAGUUAAGUAAUUGCAUCAGAGACCUUAUGGCCCGCAAGCUGAACAUAUUUACCUUCUGGAAAAGUUUGCUGGUGUCUUUUCCUGGAAGACCAAGAGAAGCACGUGCUGAAUGCAUUUGAGCCUGUUUUGCCCAUGGAUGGGGCUGAGGGGUGUCUCCCCUGGGGACACGUGGAGGCAGCCUGGAUCCCUGCGUCACCUACUGGAAGGUGCUUUCCUGGAUGGCGGCCUGAGUCGGAAGGUUGGAGGAGAUCCCCAAGCUUCCACGGAGGCAUUCUGCCUGUGAUGCUGAGCAUGACCUGCUUUGAUUAAGAGAGGUAAUGUGUCUGAGAAGAGGGACGUGGUCCUGCAGGAAGCUUACAAACCACAGGGAUUGGCGCAGCCCUAAGUCCUUCCAGCGCUGACUUUCCUGGUUCCGCGAGGAUGCUCUCCCAAGGCCUGCAGUGGGUACCAGAGGUCACUGCCUUCCCACCUGGGGACACGUCGGCCCUAGAAGCUGCCGCUGAUCGCGCAGGACUUCUGAAUCCGCUCAGAGGGGCUUCCCGGCUCCAGGCCCCUCAGGAUGAGUUUGCAGAAGAGGAUUUUCCCUCGGAGGCAGAUGGGGACCCAUGAAGGGGUGGCUAAGCCCAGUCUGGUCGCCACCCGUCCACCAAAGGCCAGAGACCAGGAAAGGAAGAAAGGCAGCUUCACUUCCUCUCUGAGGAUGGAGCCACACAGCCAUCCUGGAAAGAGCAGAAAACCCACCAAGUUCCGGGCGCUGUCCAGGUCGCUGAUGCUCUGUAACGCGAAGACCAGCGAUGACGGCUCCAGCCCCGAUGAGAAGUACCCAGACCCCUUUGAGAUGUCGCUGGGCCAGGCCAAGGAGGGGAUUUUCCACUCCUCUGUGCAGCUGGCAGACACGUCGGAGGCCCGGCCCGGCGGCAUCCCUGACCUGGCGCCGUCCUCUGAGGCCACUCCCGUCCCAGCAGCUGGCAGUGACCGAGGCAAGGGCUGCAGGAGGGCAUUCUUCACCAAGGAAGCUUCUACAACUUCCUCUCGAGAAAAGCCCGGAAAGCUAGAAGCACAAAGUAGUAACUUCCUGCUUCCCAAAGCCUGUCACCAAAGGACACGCAGCAACUCAACCAGUGUCAACCCCUACUGCACAGCAGAGAGAGACUUUCCAGCGACCAAGAAGUCUGACGGGCAGCCCUACUCCCUCUGCAGUGGCAGGAAGUCGCUCUCUCAGCAGCUGGACUGCCCUGCAGGAAGGGCUGUGGCCACCUCCAGACCCACGCGGUCGCUGAGCACAGCUCAGCUGGUGCAGCCAUCCGGGGGCCUCCAGGCCUCCGUCAUCUCCAGCGUCGUGCUGAUGAAGGGCCAGGCCAAGGGCCUGGGCUUCAGCAUCGUUGGAGGGAAGGACAGCAUCUAUGGCCCCAUUGGAAUUUACGUGAAAACCAUCUUCGCAGGGGGAGCAGCAGCCGCUGACGGCCGGCUCCAAGAAGGGGAUGAAAUUCUGGAACUCAACGGUGAAUCAAUGGCCGGGCUGACCCAUCAGGAUGCUUUGCAGAAGUUUAAGCAAGCUAAAAAGGGGCUUCUGACACUCACGGUGAGAACGCGGCUGACGGCCCCCCACUCCCUGAGCAGCCACCUGUCCCCUCCGCUGUGCCGCUCCCUGAGCUCCAGCACCUGUGUCACCAGGGACAGCAGCUCCUUCCUCGUGGGACAGCCCGCAGCCCCCGCCGGCUCGGCGAAGCCCAGUUACAGGGUCAUGGUGGAGGUGUCCCUGAGGAAAGAGGCCGGCGUCGGCCUGGGCAUCGGCCUGUGCAGCGUCCCCUAUCUGCAGUGCAUCUCGGGCAUCUUCGUGCACACGCUGUCCCCGGGAUCCGUGGCGCAUCUGGACGGACGGCUCCGGUGCGGUGACGAGAUCGUGGAAAUCAACGAGUCGCCUGUGCCCUGCAUGACGCUGAAUGAGGUCCACUCAGUCCUGAGCCACUGCGAACCCGGGCCCGUCCCCAUCAUUGUGAGCCGGCAUCCGGACCCACAGGUCUCUGAGCAGCAGCUGAAGGACGCAGUGGCCCAGGCCAUGGAGACCGUCAAGUUUGGGAAGGAGAGACAUCAGUGGAGUCUGGAAGGUGUCAAAAGGCUGGAGAGCAGCUGGCAUGGGCGGCCAGCCUUGGACAAGGAGCGAGAGAGGAGCUGGGCAGCCCCGCCUCGCAGGGCUCAGAAGGUCAUGACCCGCUCCAGCAGUGACAGCAGCUGCAUGUCCGCGUCCCCGGGUGGGAGUCCCAGCAGUGGCGGAGAGCAGCGGCCGUCGGACCUAGAAGCGAGGACACACGGCAUGUCCCUGGGGCAGGAGCCAGGAGGGCUUCCUGAGGCUCCGUCCAGGCCCCCACUCGGUGACAAGCAGGACGGCCACCCGCCUCUGAGACUGAAGAAAUCCUUUGAGAUUUUUGUCAGAAAGCCGACAUCCUCCAAGCCGAAGCCUCCACCCAGAAAAUACUUUAAAAGUGACACUGAGUCACCUAAGAGUCUGGAGGACCAAGAGACCGCGCUCGGCCCGUCUGGACACACCUUGCCCACCUGUGAGCAGGAAGCCAGAGAGCUGCUGCCACCGCUGCCACCGCAGGAAGUCACAGCAGGGAGAGUGUCCCAUGCAGCUGCCUGCCACCCAGGACCUGCCGUCGGCCUGCAGACGUCCCCCUCAGAGGCCGAGCCGGGGAGGAGAGGCAGCAGCUCAGUGACUCAGGCGUCCCCCGGUAAGCACCCCGUGCUGAAGAGGCAGGCUCGGGUGGACUGUGGCCUUGGCAGCACAGCCGAAGACCCCUGGGUGAGAAUCUCUGACUGCAUCAAAAGCCUGUUCAGCCCCAUCAUGAGUGACAGCCACGGACACGUGCCACUCCAGGCCCCCGUCAGCCUUGGGGAAGAGGAAGGGACGCAGGGCCACCCCGAUGGGAACCCCUCAAAGCUGGACGCCGCCGGUGACGAUCCCAAAACAUACACGUCAGCAGACAGCAGCAUUGUGAAGAAGGGGCCUCCCGUGGCCCCCAAGCCAGCCUGGUUUCGCCAAAGCUUGAAAGGUUUGAGGCAUCGCGGCCCAGACCCCAGGCCGCUGCCAGCAGCCUCCUGCCCGCAGCCCACUCCCGCCCCCAGGGAGCGCCUGGGGCUGCCCCCGCGCACCUCCACCUCCAUCAGACAGAGAAUCAGCUCUUUUGAGACCUUCGGCUCCUCUCAGCCGCCCGACAGAGGAGCCCAGAGAGCGAGCCCGCAGCCCCCCAGCUCCUCGGGGGAGGCAGCAAAGCCUCCUGGGAAGCAAGAGGGCGGACACGUUCCCGGCGUCUCGGGGCGAGGGGCUCCCCGCACUGCUGAGCAGCCGGCCCCUGGUUCCCACACGGCCAUGGAGCCCAGCGACCCGGGUGUGUCGGCGACCCCUCCCCCAGGGCGGACGCCCAGCCCCAAAGCCCUCAGCCCGGACCCUCUCCUGAGCCUGCUGUCCGCGCAGACUGCACCGUCCCCGGGCGCAGUGGUCAAGGCACCCAGCCAGCGGGCACGGAGCUUCCCGCUGACCAGGACCCUGUCUCGCGAGGUGCAGCCACUGGAUGAAAAGACCUGCAAACUCUACUCCAUCAGCAGCCGGGUGUCCUCGGCCGUCAUGAAGUCGCUGCUGUGCCUUCCCUCCUCCCUGUCCUGUGGCCAGGCCCCCUGCAGCCCCAAGGAAGGAGCGUCUCCAGUGUCCAGCGAAGCCCCAGCUGCACACAGCUGUGCUGGGGCGGCGGCCUCCGACCGGGGGUUCUCGGUCAACCUUUCGGAGCUGAGAGAAUACACGGAGGGUCUCGGUGAGCCCACGGAGGCCGAUGACGGUGCGCCCCCGUCCGGCCAGUCGGUCAUCUCCCUGCUGAGCUCGGAGGAGUUAGAGAAGCUCAUCGAGGAAGUGAAGGUUCUGGACGAACCAACACUGAAGCAACUAGACACCAUCCAUGUCACCAUCUUGCACAAGGAGGAGGGUGCUGGCCUUGGCUUCAGCCUGGCGGGUGGAGCGGACCUGGAGAACAAGGUGAUCACGGUCCACAGAGUGUUCCCCAGUGGGCUGGCCUCCCAGGAGGGGACUAUUCAGAAGGGCAUGGAGGUCCUUUCCAUCAACGGCAAGUCCCUCAAAGGGGCCACCCACAACGACGCGCUGGCCAUCCUGCGCCAAGCUCGGGACCCCCGGCAAGCUGUGAUCGUUGCGAGGACGCCGCCGCUGGAGGCCAUGCCCAACGGGAGCUCCCCAGACUCAGCAGCCACAUCCUCUGUGGCCAGUGACGUCUCCGUGGAGUCCAUGGCAGAGGCCACAGUCCACACGGUGACACUGGAGAAGACCUCUGCUGGGCUGGGCUUCAGUCUGGAAGGAGGGAAGGGCUCCUUGCACGGGGACAAGCCUCUCACCAUCAACCGCAUUUUCAAAGGGGCAGCCUCGGAGCAGAGUGAGACGGUCCAGCCUGGGGAUGAAAUCUUACAUUUGGCCGGCACCACCGUGCAGGGCCUCACACGCUUCGAGGCCUGGAAUGUCAUCAAGGCGUUGCCUGAUGGGCCAGUCACGGUUCUCAUCAGGAGGAAAAGCCCGCUCUGCGCGGGGACUCCGACUGCCGGAAACCCUUAGGCAGAGCGCCAACGCUGAGGUCUAGCCACAGCAUGCCAAUUCUCAGGGUCACUGGUAACCCCCACCCAGGUCGGGGAGAGCAAGGGGGCUGCACCCAGGGUGAGGGGAAUGUCACACGGGGUGGUUGAUAAACUGCAACUAUGUACAGAGAGCUAAUAUGUGGUGCUGUUAAUAAAGUGGACACGUCACAAUUUGAUAUGAAAUCCA